UCGUGGAAAGGGACGUGCGCCACGUCACCGCCAUUAAUAUUAUGAACACGAGAAAAAUGUAGCCGAAAUACGUAAACUGUAUCACGCGAUAACGGUACGCACGCGAUGAAUGCCGAUUAAAAAAUAUUUGAGGUGUUUUUAUGUGACCACAUUAGUGACUUUAUAAAGUUGCAGUUCUGUGUUAGUGCUGUGAGCUGUGUAUAUAAUAUAUAGCUAGUUGGUAGUAGAAAACACUGUUUGCAAGCUUUCAAAGUAUAAUUACAGAUCUGUGAACCAUAUUCCGAAUUCAUCAUGAACAAUAUCUACAGUAAGAACAGAAAACCAAGAAAACAUAGAAACAAGAAUAAAUAAACAUGGCAUCAAAUACAUUAGUAAUGUACAAAUAUGUGAAACCAAUAAAACGAUGGCACAUACGACACCAUAUACAGAAUACAACAGAACGGAAAUCCAAAAAAUUAACAAAAUUCAAAAUGAAAAGACGCUCGUUGAACAUAAUAGCGACAGUCAUCAUCCUAGCUUCGUUGCCUUAUAGCUCGACACUGAGCUUACCAAAUGGGGAUCCAGCCCCUGGUAGAUCUCCUGGACCACCUAACAUCGAAUCUGUUGAACUUAUAGAUGCGACUGAUAAGAAUGCAUUGAAAGCUGACAGUGAUAAGCCAACGAAUACAGUGCCCGAUGUUUAUGACGAAGUGACGACAAAUGACGAUGUGCUAGAAGUGACGACAGUUAGUGACGCAGGUGUGAGUGAGAGAGCAGUGGUUGAUGCUUGUGCCUUCGCGAGGAUUCCGAGUGACAGUGGUGAGAUUGUCACGCUCAGUGAUGAAGAUAGUGAUGUUAAUUUGACAGUCAGCCAUCCUGUGUUUGAGGCGGACGCGCUGGUGAGGGGAGUCGUCUAUGAUGUGCACCUUCAAUAUGAGGAGGAGACGCUGCAGGAUUACGUGCUCUACUCCAUCGUGGGCUCCUUCAUCCGAGGGAACUUCACACCGACCACCUUCGCGGAGCGUCCCUGUCGCGACGAACUCGCCCUCCCCUACUUCAUCCCCAAACACCCCCGCGGGGAGCGCUCCAAACACAAAAAGUGGCUUGACGAUAGUUUACCUUACGACUUUAGGACAGGAGUGUACAGUGAUGUGAGUGAAUACGAUGGAUACUACUUCAGGCCUCGGUUCCGACGCAGGAACGAGAGGUCCGUCGGGUUCAGGAGGUCCAGGUACAGGAAGAGAUUCUUGCCGGCGAGGGUUGUGAGUGGACCCCUCGAGGGGAGGGACGGCGUCAUCCUCCAGUGGUCCCUGACUGAUGCGGUGCAUUUAGAAAACGAUGAUACUAGUGUUGUUUUUAGAUUACGUUAUAGGAAAACAACGAGUGCCACCAUAUACCAAGUGUUCUUUACUAAAAUUUUAAGACUAGAUUGUGCAAUACGAUUACGUGCGACACGUAGCGGCCGCGUCCACUCCGGCCACCUGCCGCACACCCACGGGUGCCGCCUUCUCAUCCCACAACCUUCGCCAAAAAACGCCUUACUCAUCGAACUUCACAAACUCAACGUCCCCUGUUCAUCGGGGUUUAUCCGUUUCGCGCCAAACACGCCCACUCUGUGUGGAAAGUUGGAGCAGAUACCCGUCCAAAAUAGAAGGUUUCUGUACUCGACGCGUGCGAAAACCCCAGCGAUAGAGCUGCACGGUCGACCCACGUUCGCCGCGAUCUACCGUCUAGUGGACCACUGCCAUGAUGUCUUACUGACGGCAAGGAACGGCUCGUUCGAAGUCGGCCCAGCGAUAAAGUUGCUGUGCUCAUACAAAAUUCAUCUACCCUAUGGUUACCGGGUCGCGCUGCGGCUACAAAUGGGAACUGGACCAAUGACGAAUAGAGAAAAUGAUAUAUCUAAUAUUAUACACGAAGAUGCUCAUGCUCUAUGCAAAGGCAUGGAGUUAAGUCUAGAAGAUGGAGAAUCGAAGUGGCGACACUGUUCGCAACCAGGUGAUCCUUUAAGAAGUGUUCAAAUUGUUUCCGAAGGGAAUUCUGUUCGUUUAAAUAUUAGCAUUUUAGAGAAGAAGAAUUCUUCAGCGAUGUGGCUGAAAGCGUGGUGGAUGGAUAAAGAAGUGGAAGAGAUUGUAGGGCAUUGCGACUACGGAUGGGUCCUCUCGGGGGACUUCUGCAUAUCAGCUGUGAGGGAAGCGAAAAGAGCUUGGAGGCAAGCUGAGGCUGAAUGUGUGAGGUUAGGAGGACAUCUGGCCAGUAUAGUGAAUGAAAGGCAACAACAGAUAUUGGAUCAACUGUUACUUCACGCACCAGGCGCCGGGGUGGACGACGUGUACUGGAUAGGAGCGACCGAUGCCGUCCACGAGGGAGAGUUCCGAUGGUCCGACGGUUUGCCGUUCUCCUAUGCACACUGGUUUCCUGGAUGGCAAAAACACAGUAGCCAACCGAACGAUGACGGCACCUCUGGACAGGACUGCGUGGAGGCCCGCCGAGAGUUCCCUCCUAGGCCGCCCCCCGCCGAGCCAACUUUCAUGUGGAACGAUAGAGGCUGCAGGGAGCACAACUACUUCGUUUGCGAGCGUCCUAGUGUUGAAGAUCCAUACAUCGCGUCGAAGAUACAGUGUAACGAGACGAUACUGCUGUCUCACUCGCACCCGCACGCUAUAGUCUCCAGCCCCGGCUUUCCCCGGCCUUACCCCGACGACGUAGACUGCGUGACAGAGCUGAGAGCACCGCCAGCUCACACCUUGCGGCUGCACUUUGAAGAGCUGUUGACUGAACACGAGGCACAUUGCAGCUACGACUUCUUGGAGAUCAUAGAAGCACGCGUCGACAACACAACGGAGCCGGCUCCCGAGGAGUGGCUUCUGGAAGAUCACCACGAGAGUUUCGCGUCAGAGAAUGAAGUAUGGGAGGAAACCGAGACAUUAUUACCUGAGUCAGACGCGAUCAGUGCGGGCUGGGCGCGCGACUCGCACUUGAGUCAUGCGCGCCGCCUGUGCGGCGACUGGGGCGGGAAACUCAAGCUGCUCAGGUACCAUUCGAGGGGUAACGUGCUCAGGCUGCGCUUCAGGGCGGACCACUCGAGGCACUUCGCGGGGUACCGGGCGAAAAUCAACUUGGCCGAUUCUCAAUCGUGUUUGGAUGUGAAACAAGUCCUGUACAAUGGGCACUGCUAUCUUUUCUCCGGAUAUCCGAAGGCUUCCUGGACCACCGCCAAGCAAGUUUGUGAAGGUCUCAACAUGCAUCUGUCUUCCGUCCAUUCAACUGAUGAAGAACGCUUCAUCGUAUCAGGCAUCAGACAAAGCAGCGAUUACAGCGCUGGAUCGAUAUACUGGCUCGGUGCUCAUAUAAAAGGAGGCGAGAAUUUUACUUGGGUUGAUGGAAGCGCUGUAAUAUACCAAGGCUGGGUGUCGUAUAACGAUACUGAAGAAGUAGAAGACUCAUGUUUGGGUGUGCAGUGGAAAUCAUCGCCAGUGCCCUCUCAGCCGAGCGGGUUGUAUUGGACUCUCCAUAAGUGUUCAUCAACCGGAGGCUACGUGUGCAAGCGCCGGCUAAACCCUGAACACAUCGUCAGGAACAGAACGGUGGAAGGGACAUCAGGUGUAUUAAGCAGUCCGAAUCAUCCAAAUCUAUACGACAACGACCUGGACUAUUGGGUGCACGUCAUAGGUCCGGAAGACACCAGACUCGUUUUCAUUUUCCGCGCCAUAGACCUAGAGUACCAAAAAGACUGUCUGUACGAUUUCAUCGAGCUACGCGACGUAAGAAACAGCAAAUCAUCAAGGUACUGCGGAUCGAUGGGAGAGACUAGAUGGGUGGCCGUCACAAAUAAAGCUAUUUUGCAUUUCCACUCCGACUAUAACACUCAAGCAGCUGGGUUCUCAUUAAUGUGGUACGCAGUAGAACUGCCCGGCUGUCCCACCCAAACCUUCACGUCUAAGGAGGGUGUGCUCCGCAGCCCGAACUAUCCUCACUUCCUGCUGCCAGACUUGGAUUGUACUAUCGACAUUCUUGCUCCCACAGGGAAACGUGUCUUCCUCAACAUAAGCCAUUUCGAUUUCGGCUACGGAACAUUCGUAAAAGGUGUUCCCAUCAACGUGACAGACGCGAUACCGGAGGAGUCGUUCCUAGAAGUGCAAGUGAACCCGCAGACUGUGCCUAUCCGUCCAUUUCUAAGCUCAAGCAUCUUGACUAACGGACUAUUCGUCUCCCACUCUGAAAUGCUACGAAUAAGAAUCAGAACAGGUGAAAACGUAACGGGGGCUGGCUUUCUGGCGCAUUUCAAAACUGUGAGCUUCCUGAACGUGAGCCACGUGGUGGAGGUGGGCGCGGGCGCGGCGGGGCGCGUGGCGGCGCCCAACUGGCCGGCCGCCGCGCCGCCGCGCGCCCGCCUGCGCGCGCGCCUGCUCGCGCCGCACGCGCACACGCUCGCGCUCGCGCUGCACCGCGCCGCGCCCGCGCACACAGCGCACACAGCGCACACAGCGCACACAGCGCCCUGCGGACACGGCAACGGCUGGCUCGAGGUGAAAGACAGCUAUACGGAUAACAACGGCACUCAGUGGAUCCUCUGCGAAGUGGAGCGGAUCAAGCGCAAGAUGGAACCGAGCGCGCCUCUUAUCAUCAAUUCGUACCUUCACUCGCUGAUAGUGACCCAAUACUCGGGAGAGCAAGGGCUGAACAUCGAUAUUUCACUGGUGGUCAAUAAAGAUCCUGAAUACCACAACAAGUUGCUGUUGCUUUCUGACGAGACAAGUGUGGAGGCAUGCUACCCAAACCCCUGCGUGAACGGCGUCUGCGCAUCUGAUGAUACCAGAAACUUCUGCCAGUGCUCCGGAUACUACACAGGCGUGUUCUGCGCGCUGACGGCGUGCGAGCGGGCGCCGUGCGUGUUCGGCAACUGCUCGCUGGCGGCGGACGGCGCGGGCUACGUGUGCGCGUGCGCGCGCGGCUGGCGCGGCCGGCGCUGCGCCGAGCGCGUGCGGCCGUGCGCCGCGCGGCCCUGCAACAACCGCGGCGCCUGCAGCGAGCGCGACGGCGGCUUCCUCUGCCAGUGCAACCCCUCCUGGAAGGGCAAGAGAUGCGAGACCCCGAAUCCUACUCCCAACAUCGUGGGACUCGGGACACGAAUGCUUCAAGAACCUUUUUGGCUGGGCCUGAUCACGGUUUUCGUGGUGCUCGGCAUGAUCGGUCUCAUCUGGUGUGCCAAGCGACAUUUCCCAGAGAAGAUUGAGAAAUUACUCGCGGAGGAAGCGGAUCGCUGUGCAAGACCGGCGGCGCUGCGCGGCGGCGGCGAGGCGGCGCCGCACCGCACGCUGCUGACGCGGCUGGGUAUCCGCAAGCCGUCGGUGCCGGGGCUCGCGGCGCACCCGCGGGCCGCGCGCACCUUUAGCUUGGACGAUCUGUUAAAGCCGCCGCCCGGACGAACACCAUCACCACGGAAAAAACGCAACAAUUCCACUCCGACAAAAAAGAAUGCAGCCGAAAAAAAACAAAUAUUGCAACAACUAAUAAGUCCUGCUUCCGGCAACGACCACUCGAAAAAGAUUACUAUGGGAGAACUUAUACAGAUGUCCGAGAAAAGGACACUGAGCACAGUGGAAAGCGCACCAGCUUUUGUGGAUUAUUGUGACAAUAAAGAGACAUCAUUUGCCAGUGAAGCAUCUACACCUUCCACAUCGCCUUCAAUGAGGCAUAUAUCAGAUCCUAAAUUGGAAAAGAAAGUCACUUUUGCUAGACUUCUUAAUAAGGUUUCAGCAGAAAUGAGUUCUAGUUCAGACGUAGAUAUGGUAAACACUAUUGCUAUUCCAAUGGCCGUGAUAGCCGAUAGAAGUUUAAAAGCAAAGGCAUCUAGCACUCCCCCUUCUCCAGGCGCUGAAGUCAGAUCACCUCACAGCACUUCUAGUAAUCAAGGAAGUGAUUCAAUGUCCAGUCUUGAUCUAACAUUGGCACAUACUGCUUUAAGGAAAUAUUCCAGGCAACCAAAAAUAUCAAGUGCAGAUUCAAUUUUAGCUAUGUUCCGUAACUUCUCAUCGUCAUCAGCGGCUAUAGUAUCUCGGGCGUCGUCUGGUGGAAUAUCAGCUUCUAGCACUCCAUCGGCGUCAUCUCCGCAAGAUGACACAGCAGAUGCAGAUGAUAUUUCCUUAGCUUCCUCUCACAUACCGUCUCUUGCACCUGAUUCACCGGUAACAAGACCGCAUAAUACUAUUGAAAUACAGGUGCUAGACCCUCUUAGUGCACAUAAAUCAUCAUCUUCUGGUAGCAAUCUUCUUCAUCCCCCGUCUAUUCUACUGGAAGUUCCAAGUGGUAUCAACAAAUGCCUAUCGCCUAUACGAGAACUACCUACUCCAUUACCGACCCCUCUGCCUACACCGUUGCCUACCCCACUCCCUUCUCCUCGCAUGCCAAGAGCAAAUAUGGAACCAGAUACGAAAAGCGAAUCGACUACUACAUGUGUGUCACCAAGUGAAGAUGAAUUGGAUGAGAUUAGAUAUGAGUCAAAACCUGAAAGGUCCAUUACGGGAUUGAGAUUAAGGUUACGUCAACCUGUUACGAGCACGGACACUCCAACACCAUCGACUCUAGUAACGGAUUCUCCAAGUCCCAGCUUUACUCACAGUCAGGAUUCGGAACGGGAAAUGUCAUCUCCAUCUCCUGCGCCUCCUGUUUUAAGAGUUCCAGUUCUUACUAUAGAAAGGCCUUCUCCUGGUUCCCCUCCACCUAGACGCACUCCUCCUCAUAUAGAAUUCCAACCUCCACCCUUAAUAACAGUUACUUAUAAUGCAAGCGAGGAAUCUGAUGAGCCAAUGUCACCUAGACCUCCACAACCCAGUGGAAAUAUGUGUUACUUGAGCCCUUUUUCGAUGUCCGCACGAGGAGAGAGAGCUCCAUCAGAAUCCAAUUUGUCCUCCUCUGGCUAUAGUUCCAUGGCAAGUCCAGGUCCAUCGAGAUGUGGAUCUAGUAAUCCUUUGUGUCCUUCGGAGAUGGAAGACCCGGGUUCUGGAGGAGGUCCGUCUUGUUUUCAAUCGAGACGACGACCAUUAAUGAAAACCAAUUCAGGUCCAGCAACCUCUAACGAUGAUACGAAAGAAAGAAGACGAGGACGAUCUGAUUCGGAAACUUUGUCAGACGAUCCUUUAUUGGAAUCCAAUGAUGAGGGUAUAGGGACAGAUGAGAGGGUAGACGAUGUUCCAACAAGUGCAAAAGAAUUAGAAACUAUGGUUGUUUUGAAAGAAACUUUAGACUUGCCUCAAACUACAUUAUGCUCUCCUAGUGGAGUAACCAAAUGUUCCAUUGUGAAGUGCAUUAGUGUUGAGAGGGGAUUGGACGAAAAAAUUUGUCUAAGACCUCCAACAUUGCUUUCGGAUUGCAGUCGACCGUUAAGUCCGGUGAGUUCGAGAAGUGAAAGUCCUCUAAGUGACAAAACUGGACUGGGGAGAUUCUCACCGCAAUUUUAUGGUCGACAGCUCCCCUUUACGGAUUCCGAUGGCCUAUACGACUUCCCUAGUUCAGAGUGCGUUCGAGGAAGUGCCUGCAAAUCAGGGAGCAACGUUCAGAAGAAGACUGGAAGGAAGAGAGACAGGAGAACGACGAGAACCGCGUCUCAUGAAGUAACCGGUACAGCCAAAUCAUCUUUACCACAUAUGCCGCAUUCUAUGCACAAUUUAUUAGAGGUGCCAGGAUGUCGAGAAACGAGUUCACGAGGCCGUAAAGGCGGUCGUCGACGGUCGCGCUCUCAAGCACCUGCUCCAGCUUCCUCUUCAUCUUCUGAAGACUCAGUAUCCAACGCUUCCGUUGCAUCUGUAGCUUCAGCGAGAGAACUUCGCUUACCUGACUUAGACAUGCAGCAUUGUGAGCCGACUCGUUUGAGGAAACCGCUCAGAAGACAAAAGUGCCGUAGUUCUGAGGAUACGUCCUCGAAAAUUUCUUCGAGUUUGGACCUGACCGAGGACUCUAGGAAACCAGUCAAGAUCAAUAAGCUGAGAACUAUUAGUAAUCAGAUAAGAUUCCUUCGACGUCUGGAACGCAGUCUGAAAAUGAAGGAGAGCUACCCAGCGCUGUCUGACGACGAGGGCGACGAAUCUUCCAGCGUUACCUCCCCUCUUCUCCAGGGAAGAAAGGACCUAAACCGAGUGCCCACCCACGCGAUAUCCGCCCCACUGCUAGGCGCCGUAAGACCCAAAAUCACUAGGCAGCGACGUUACGAUAGAUCACUUUUGAGUGAAGACACGAGAACUUUAAACGCAGUUAUUGGACAUGACAAUUCUGAUUGACAGAGACUUCGUAGAAAAUUAAAGGUAACUAUGAACUCGGGACGAAUUUGUAAUUUAGCAAAGCUCAGUUAAUUAAAAAAACUUAUUUACGUUAUCAUAACCGGUUUAAUAAAUUAACAGAAUUACAAAAAUUGUGGCGGGAAACAGACUUUAAUGGCCGUAAACGGUUGCAAUCUUUUAAAUAGUUAAUAAAAUGCUGAGUUUUUAGAACGUAAGUGACCACCAUUAUUCAGAAUUCGUGAUUUCAUUAGCAGUGCAGUUGUCAAGUUGUUAAUAGUGCACUUUAAUAGGUAUGCCACUAACGAUCAAAUUCGUUUGACACAAAAACGUAACUCGCUGUCAUUUCACAAAGAAAUGUCGCAGUCAAGUAACAGAUAUAGGUUUACUAGAUAGUUUCCACACUUUGACAACUGUCAUGUUAUUGUUAAUUAUACAAGAUUCUAAUCUAAUGUGAUAUAAUAUAAAAUAAGGGACAUGAAACCGUAGCAAUGUUGAUUUUUUAAUAGAAGUUGGUGUUAUUUAGAUUUAGCGUACCUACGUACAUAUGCAUAGAGUGAGUGUUUUAAUUUCUUUAUGUUCCACUUUUGAUGUCUCGAACUACCUAUUACGUAUGCUUGGAACUGUAAAUAUUUUUUUCUAAUAGCAAUAACUUGUUUGUAGUGACGUAUGUUUUACUGUAGCUAAUGAACGGUAGUAUAAAUAAUUAGACCACGUGUUUCUAUGAGGCUAUUUAUUUUAUUUAGAGAUUUGAUUUUUUCCUUACCUUCCAUUUGUAUCUAAUAUUUCCCAUUACAAUAGGUAUCUAUCUACAUAACAUUGUUUUGCCUUAAAUUUACUUUAACUACUAUGUAAAUAUGCUUUUAUGUAUUAUGUAAAUAUAAUUAACGUAUUGCUCAAAUGCAUAUUUUGUGAAAUCGUUUUUUGCGCACUUUUUGCUAUUUUGUAAAUAAAUAAAAAAAAAAAGUAAUUUAUUAUUGUAAAUAAUGGAACUCGAGAGAGACUCCUUUUUCGUGAAAAUGUUAAUAAUAAUUAAUUGUAAAUGUUUUAUGUAUAAGAGUAAAAACAAAAUGAAAGGCCCAAAAAAAUCGGUAUACCAAAUGCACAAUUAUUACUUAUAUACAAUCAUAUAUAUGAAUUUAAGCACCCAUAUGUUAAGAUAUACGUAUGUUAAACAAUAUUAUCUUAUUAUACCUGACGCACCAAUAGUAUAGAUACUGCAACAUCGUUUAGAUAAAACCGUAUCUUAAAUAAUCCUUAUAUAUAGUAUUAAUCGGGUUAUUUGUCUAAUAUUGUAAACUGUGUCCUAUAUACAUUUCUUUUUCAACUUAUUCCGCGCAUCAAUGUGAAACCUAUAAAAAACACUAUCAAAGCCACACUCCUCAUCAAAUUCCUAUAUUCACUUUAUCAGACGCUGAUAUUAUAAGUCUUGCAAAGUUAAUUACAAAUACACUUAUAUUAUAUAUAACAAACACAUUUUUGCAUUUUAGAACAUACCUCCUUAACUGUUUAAUUAUUGUGUUUAUUAUAUUUACCUACGUAUAUGUAAAACAGCAGGUACUGUAAAAUGCAUGUUAUUUUAAUUUCUAAAUCUAGAUAUCUUACACUUGUAAUGCUACCUACCUUGUAUGAUUAAAAAAAAUGUUGCCAUUUUUUGUUCUUAUACCAAACCCAUUAAACCAUUUAGCUGUAAACAUGGCGCAUCCAGCAAUAAUUUUAUGUGAUUCGACUGUUCAAAGACUGACAUUAACUUUGUGUGCACGAACCAAACGUAUUCGCUUUUAUUUUAUUUCUAUAUACAUAUUCUAUCGUCGUACAUACUAAUGGUAUCUCUUUAGAUUAAGUCAAUCAAUGUAUCGAUGUAACGACUAUUUCUUUUACAUGUAUAUUUUAAUAAUCCAUUGUCAAUAUAAAAUCGUACAUUACUGAUACUUUUUAGAAAGUGCAUUUUUGCAAUAUGUCUACAACAUUUUAUUUUAUGAUUAUAAUAUGAACGUGUAUUGGGUUAUUUUUUAAUAGGUGAAAAUGGCAUGGUAACCCUGCCCGCGCUAUCGGUGUACACUGACGUGCUACCAGUAAGAACGUGUAUUGGGUUAUUUUUUAAUGAGUGAAAACAGCAUGGUAACCCUGCCCGCGCUAUCGGUGUACACUGACGGGCUACCAGUAAGAACGUGUAUUGGGUUAUUUUUUUAAUGAGUGAAAACAACAUGGUAACCCUGCCCGCGCUAUCGGUAUACACUGACGGGCUACCAGUAAGAACGUGUAUUGGGUUAUUUUUUAAUGGGUGAAAACAGCAUGGUAACCCUUCCCGCGCUAUUGGUAUACACUGAUGAGCUACCAGUAAGAACGUGUAUUGGGUUAUAUUUUAAUGGGUGAAAACAGCAUGGUAACCCUGCCCGCGCUAUCGGUAUACACUGACGGGUUACCAGUGAGAGCGUGUAUUGGGUUAUUUUUUAAUGGGUGAAAACAGCAUGAUAACCCUGCCCGCGCUAUCGGUGUACACUGACGUGCUACCAGUAAGAACGUGUAUUGGGUUAUUUUUUAAUGGGUAAAAAUGGCAUGGUAAUCCUGCCCGCGCUAUCGGUAUACACUAACGGGUUACCAGUGAGAGCGUGUAUUGGGUUAUUUUUUAAUGGGUAAAAAUAGCAUGGUAACCUUGCCCGCGCUAUCGGUAUACACUGACGGGCUACCAGUAAGAACGUGUAUUGGGUUAUUUUUUAAUGGGUGAAAACAGCAUGGUAACCUUGCCCGCGUUAUCGGUAUACACUGACGGGCUACCAGUAAGAACGUGUAUUGGGUUAUUUUUUAAUGGGUGAAAACAGCAUGGUAACCUUGCCCGCGUUAUCGGUAUACACUGACGGGUUACCAGUGAGAGCGUGUAUUGGGUUGGACCAUACCAUUUGAAUUACACUGUUCAACGUAUAAUGGUAUUAUUACACUAUCAAAUAUAUUAAAUCCCAAAUUUGUUUAUGAAACACAAAUAAUGAAUGGAACGUAGUUAAUUCUUGAACUAUAUAUAAGUACAAGAUCUAUUGUACUGAUACUGAAUGAAAAUUUAUAAUCAAUUAAAUUUAUAUAUUUAUUAAUUUAGUAUAUACUAUGUAUGGUUAUUUAUAUAUGUAUUGUAUGUGAUUUAUGGGUGUAUAUUUUUUGUAAGUAUAUUAUUCUAUAUGUUUGUAUGUUUAUUUAUCAUAAAUUGUUGUCUCUUAAAAUAUUUAUUUAUAUUUGCUGUUUUCUUAAAUCCGUGCACCGCCAUUUGCUCUCUCUAUUUGGCGUGGCGGUUGACUGGUAGAGAAUGCUAUCAGGCAUUAAGUCCGCCCUGUAGACAUUUUUCAAUGUGUGCAAAAGUAUAAAUAAAUAAAUAAAUAAAUAAUUGAAAUAUUAAAAUAUUUAUUUAAAUUUCUUAAAAUCUUUAUUAUUUAUUUGAAAGUGUAAUAAACCGUUACGUGUGGACAAGCGCCCAGUAGGUAUUUCAACAAAGAAUUUAUUGUAGCGUCAUUCACCUGAAAAAGUCAUCUUACUCAAGAUAUUUACUAGAUAUUAUAAUAAUAAUAAACAUAAAAUGCACUCUCAAUAUUUAUUUAUCUGGGCUGUCUUACGAAUAUAUAUAUAUAUAUAUAUAUAUAUAUAUAUAUAUAUAACUAUAUAUUAGUGUAUCCUGCCGUUAUCUUAUCGUAUUCAUUGCUUAAGACGCGUCGUCGGUAUAAAAUAGUGUUAACUUGAUAAAUUAUUAAAACCAAUGGCCUGUUCAUUGAGACUGAUUUUCUAAAACUUAACUCUUAAAAUGUUGCUUAACACGUUUCCUG